CCACAAAACGCGCUCAACAAAGCUGGAACAACCGCGUGCCCCUGAGCUUCUCUCGUGUAAAUCCCUGACCUCAUUUCCGAUCGACCCACGUUCCCAAUCAGCGGAAGGGGGAGCAACAAGUCGCACGUCGCGCGCAACAUGCCCGCUCCACUAAAAGACCGGGUCACGGAGUGGGUGGUGGACCAGCAGCUCCAUAGUCCCCUCUACACUCGCCUGCCUCUUGAGACUCGGCUCCUCAUCUUCGAGCUGUCGUUGGCACCGUUCUGCCAGGAUCCGGUGGUUCACGACUUCAGGGUCCGGUAUAACCACGCCGAUCGACAAACAGAUGGCGCGUUGAGCGAGACGGACGAGUCCGCCCAGUUUACUGAUGGAGGUAGCGGGGAGGAUACCGAGGAUGACGACGAAUUCGAGAUCGAGAAUGAAGGUGGAGAUGAGAGUAAUGCCGACGAGGAAGAGGAUGCCCUCCCAUUUCUCGCUUGGGAUUUGGACGACGAGGAUAGCGACGACGAGCUCUUUGAGGAAGACAACACAACACCAUAUUCGGAUUACAGCCCUCCUGCGCGGUACUGGCUCCGUCCGGACUAUGUUGGCAUUGAGAAGUCUAGCACCACACUCCUUCUGACCUGUCGCCGCGUAUACAUUGAGGCGCGAAGCUGCCUCUUUACUCCUCCCUUUGAUCUCGGGGUGUCCAGUGGGGCGAAGUCGAGGUUCUACGACCCUUGGAGAUCGGCGAGAACUUUAUAUAGCCGCCUCACCACCGAGCAGAGGAACAGCAUUGUUUCCGCCCGCAUGUUCACAGGCGGCCGAACUUCAACCAUAGAAUGCCUUUGUCGGUCACAAAACCUCAGGCGUAUCGAGUACCUCCGACUCACCGCCAACAAACCCACGGAUGGGACCUUCGCCCUUUCUGACCUCUUUGCCUUUGGGGGGCGUGUGGACAACAAAUACCGAACUCUCGAUUUCGGCUAUGGACCUCCCCCGGAGGAGUCGCCCGACGCGGAAUGGGAGCCUCCUGUCGUGUGGGGCGAUGAGAGCUGGGCCGACGUCUUCCUGCACAUGCCCCGUAUCAAAUGUCUCGUGAUCGACUUUGACGCCUAUGAGGAAACGUGGGAUAGGGACAAGGAGCGUGUGGAGUGGGCGGUGCGCGUGUGGCGCUUCCCCCUGUGGUCUCCCCGUUCCGACGGCUGCACGUACUUAUCGGCCCAGGGGCACCCCGUGCGGAAGAUGAGCUGGCGCGGGUGCGCCGACCAUUUCCCACCCGUCUGCUCGCGCUGUUCCGGGACUUUGGACCCAAAUUUCAUGACUCCCCGGUGCAUGUGCGAGUACGCCGACGAACAUCUAAAGCUCCUCGAGCGCGGCCUAGGACCCCGGAUCUAUACGUGGACCGUAAAGUGGACGCCGCGCGUGGGGAGGCCAUGGGUCGAGCCGCCGGGGUUUUGGGGGAGGGUCCGCGAGCCGGCGGACGGACGGUGGAAGUGGGAGGAGGGGGAGGACGUAGGUACCGUAGCGGGAAAAUGCAGCCUGCAACAACCGUAGAUGGAGCCAACAACCGUUGUUUUUUCAACAACCGUUGCUCCUACAACAACCGUUGCUACAUCGCCCCGCAAGUUUUACCGUUCUGAUUGGCCAAAUUCGCAUCCAACUCGGGCGCUGAACGGUCCGACUUUGGUGGUGGCGUUUGGUUUGUUGGGAGUAUGGUGAUCUUGUGCGGCAAUACGGUCUACCUUGCUUCUUCGAGGAGUACAACAUAUCGUGGCAACACCGGGCCACGCCAAUUGGGAAUUACGCUGUCAACAGGCUGCUGGUUAGGCACGUGGCACUGGAUUACAGUCUCUAUUUACCCCUGAAUAAUCCGGUCGUUGUGUAGAACAUCACGACCUGGGCCGAUGCCUUUCCUAAACGGCAGCUGGAAAGCCAAUAAGACGAAUAG